AUGAAGAAACACACCUUCAUCCACACAGGUGAGAAACCACAUGUGUGUAAAGUGUGCGGUAAAGGAUUCAGCCAGAGUUCUAACCUCAUCACCCACAGCCGCAAGCACAGCACCUACAGGCCCUUCCACUGCCCCCAAUGCGAGCUCAGCUUCCAGCGCAGAGUGGACCUACAGCGCCACCAGGAGAUGCCCUGUGUGUACAACACAUACACAUGCACAUUUCCCUGGAAAUAA